AUGAACGAAUAUGCACAAGACGCAUUGUGUUAUGUACGAAAAUACGGUCGACCGGAUCUGUUCAUUACAUUUACAUGUAAUCCGCAGUGGGAUGACAUCAAAAACAAUUUAUUUGCAGGACAGUCGACAACCGAUCGUCAUGACAUUACUGCGCGUGUUUUUCGGCAAGAAUGUAAAUGCCUUAUGGAUUUAAAUGUGAAAUUAUAUGUAUUUGGGGAGGUGCGUUGCCAUAUGUACCCCAUCGAAUGGCAGAAAAGGGGAUUGCCGCACGCACAUAUACUAAUUUGGCUGGUACAUAAAAUAACUCCGGAUCAAAUCGAAAACCUUAUAUCAGCUGAAAUUAAUAACCACACUGCUGAUCCUGAGUUAUUUCAAGUUGUCGUUAAAAACAUGAUACAUGGACCGUGCGGUGAACUAAAUGUGAAUUCACCAUGUAUGAUUGAUGAAAAGUGUUCGAAACGAUACCCAAGGCAAUUUACUUCGGACACAAUAACGGGCAAUGACGGAUAUCCGUUGUAUCGACGUAGAUCACCUAAUGAUAAUGGCAAAACGGCAAUCAUUAGAAUGCAUAACAAGGAAGUUGAAGUUGAUAAUCGUUGGGUGGUUCCGUAUUGUCCAUUAUUAUCGAAAAUAUUCAACGCUCAUAUAAAUGUGGAAUAUUGUAAUUCUGUCAAAUCCAUUAAAUAUAUUUGCAUGUAUGUAAAUAAAGGGAGCGAUAUGGCUAUUUUCGGUGUUGCUGGUGAUAAUAGAAAUGAUGAAAUUACUCAGUAUCAAAUGGGUCGCUAUAUUAGUAGCAAUGAAGCUGUCUGGAGGAUUAUGUCGUUUGCAAUGCACGAAAGACAUCCUGCGGUUGUUCACUGGGCUGUGCAUCUUGAGAAUAGUCAACGUGUUUAUUUUAAUGUAGCAAAUUUGUUGGAAAGAGCAGCGCAACCCCCAACAACUACGUUAACAGGUUUUUUCAAAUUAUGCGAAACUGAUACAUUUGCGAUAACUUUCUUAUAUUCUGAAGUGCCACAGUAUUACACAUGGAAUGUGUAUACAUCCAAACAUGUGUGUACAUCCAAACAAUGUUGA